AGAAAAAGAAAAAAAAAAAGAAAAAGAAAAAAAUUAGGAGUAAUGAGCGUGGAUGCUUUGGGAAGCCCCGUGAUGGACCCUACGUUUUCCAAACGGAACACGGCGCUGAGAUUAGUUGACUUGGCAGGGGCUCACCACCAUCACCAUCAUCACCACCAUACCCCUCAGAGCGUGACAGGCUUCCCGGGGUUCAGCAGCCAUCCCCACUCAAUGGCUCACUCGCACCCUGGGGAGAUUACUGCGGAACCCCGCCUGGGGCCGAGUCCAUUCGGGCCAGAACACAUGGGGCACUCCGCGGCCCUCAAAAUCAGCCCAGCCCAUCAUUAUCCCCACCGCCACCACCACCACCACCACAAUCAUCAUAUUGCAGGCCACGGCGACGUGGUCUCCAGUCAAACGGGAGCCUUUGGCCCGGUGCAAGCGGCGACGGUGCCCUACUCUAUGUCUCACACGGCCCAGGCGUUAUCCGCAGGUAGGGAUCUCCUCAUCCGACGCGAUCUGACCGCUCCAGCCAUGCCGGUGCUGAGCGAGCAGGCGGCGUCAGCUUCCACCUCUCACCACGGAAUGUUUGUCUCGACAACAGGUAGCAGCUACCCGGGACACUAUGGUCAGCACGCCGACGCCCUCUUCCCCGGACUCCAGCACGAGCAGCCGUCCAGCGGAGCGCCAGGUGGUCAAGCCCUGAACGGACAAAUAAGGUUGGGGAUACCUGGAGACAUGUACGUGAGGUCUGAUCACUUGACUCCAGUGGCGAGCUCCAGGGCGGACCCGUUCGCAGCCUCGCCUCUGCACGGCUACGGCGGACUCAGUCUGAACAUGAACCUCGGCGCCCAUCACCACCACCACCACCACCAGCACCACCACCACCACAGCGCCGGCGCCUUCCUCCGCUACAUGCGGCAGCCCAUCAAGCAGGAGCUCAUCUGCAAGUGGCUGGAGCCGGAGCACUCCACCAAGAAACUUUGUUCCAAGACCUACAGCACCAUGCACGAGCUCGUGACCCAUGUGACCGUGGAGCAUGUCGGUGGACCGGAGCAGGCGAACCACGUCUGCUUCUGGGAAGAGUGUCCGCGGGAAGGGAAGCCCUUUAAGGCCAAAUACAAACUUGUAAACCAUAUCCGCGUGCACACGGGAGAGAAACCCUUCCCGUGCCCGUUCCCCGGCUGCGGCAAAGUGUUCGCGCGAUCAGAAAACCUGAAAAUCCACAAGAGGACACACACAGGCGAAAAGCCGUUCAAGUGCGAGUUUGACGGAUGCGACAGACGGUUUGCAAACAGCAGUGACCGGAAAAAGCACUCCCACGUGCACACCAGCGAUAAGCCGUACAACUGCAAAGUGAGAGGUUGUGACAAGUCGUACACGCACCCCAGCUCUUUGAGGAAGCACAUGAAGGUCCACUGCAAGUCCCCACCUCCGAGUUCGGGUUACGAGUCAUCGACUCCGUCUCUGGUUUCUCCUUCGUCGGACCUGGGCCGGGAGCCAGCACCCUCCGCGCUCUCCGAGCCCCUCUCGGGCUCACAGGCCGCCAAUCUGAGCGAGUGGUACGUGUGCCACAGCUCGGGGGCCAGCGGCGCUCAGAGCCCCCCCAGCGGCUCGUCCACGCCCGACCCUUCAGAGGGACCACCGUACAGGAAUUCUGAAAGGGGGGACGCGUUCUAGAACGAAAGAACUGAUGCGCGUCCUACAAUGUAUGAAAGAAAAGGGGGUUCCUGAAUGCAGAACGAGAACGCCAGUGCGCACUAGAAUACAGAACGUUCCAGGAUGCAUGAUGCGAACGCGUUCUAGAAUGCACGAGGUGAAUACAGAACUGGGGUGCAUUCUAGAACGCGGAACGGGAAUGCAUUCAAGAAUGCAGUGCAGUAGUGUGUCUUAGAAUGCAGAACUGGUGGAGGGUCUCGUGAUCUGCAAAACGGGAGCGCAUUCUGGAACUCGGACAGCAGAAUCCAGAACGUCCCCUCGGCCAAGCGACUCUGCAGCUUCGUUUCUUACUUUUCUGUCCCUGGCUGACCGAGAAUCAGAAAAGUGGGCCCAACCGUACAAUGCACUGGCGCACUGACAGCUAAUGUCACAGCCAAACCACAAACUGAGGCAGCCAACUUGUUUCCCACUUGGCUGACUAUGAACUGAUUUCACGAGUGUCCAUUUUCUUAACCGGUGUACUGAUUAAUCGUACGCAUGUGGAUGUAUUAUUUUGUAAAUUUCUGAUUUGACUUCAAUAACCUCUUAAUUUAUUUUUGAAUCAGUAUUGGGAUUUCUUUUUGUAUUAUCCAACCAAAGUGCUUCAACUUUAAAAAACAAAAGUGUACAUUUGUAAAUGACAACGUUUUAAUGUGUAAGUGUUAACAGUAAUUUUGUAAGUUUCAGUAUUUCAGCUAUUUUUAAAUGUUUGCUACUAUUGUUUGUAAAAAAAUAAUAAUAAUAAUAUUUGGUAUCAUUUGAAUAAUUUGAAUUUCAUAAAGAGCUAGACAAUAUCUUCUUGUGCUUUCUGCAGCCGAGACAGUUUGAUGGAAGCAUUGUUACUGUAUUUGAUAUGACAUUUCAUUUAUUAUUAGCCAUUGAUUAAUGUGAACAUUUUGCAUUUUGUGAUUUUUUUGUAAAUCCCGUCCACAACUCAUUUUUACGACAAAAAAAAACCAAUUAAUUAUAAAAGGAGACCUUAAAAUGUGUACCGAAA